GACCAACGGUGCAUUUUGUCUACUAGCCAUUUUUGAUACUGUAGCUACUACUUCAGGCAUGUCGCCGCUGCCGCCGCCUACUACUUCCUUGUCAACGCUCUUGCAUUUCUAGUCUUCGUCGUCAUUCUUCUCUGCGCACCACUCUUCGUGGAUACGCUCGAAUGGCUGCUUCAGGCUCGACAAGAGUCGUGAGCCAUACGCGCAAAGUGCCCACCAUGCGACCACCAGCAGCGCGACCAGGUCCGACCCGCGCCCAAACCGCCACCCCGACCUUGACCGGAAGAUUAUCACCCGCCGACAGCAUCGCCUCAUCUCGAGUCCGCACGCCGAAGCGAAAACUCGCCGCCGAACCCCCACCUGUCGAAGCUGGCGAAGAGACUAACAUCAACGUCGUCGUCCGAUGUCGUGGGCGCAACGAUCGCGAGGUGCGCGAGAACAGCGGUGUCGUCGUGUCCACCGAUGGCACCAAGGGCGACAAGGUUGUUCUGUCCAUGGGACCCAAUGCUCUCAGCAACAAGACGUAUCAGUUCGACAAGGUCUUCUCACCCGCGGCCAACCAACGGAUGAUAUUUGAGGAUGUUGUCGCACCUAUUAUGGACGAGGUCCUCGCCGGAUUCAACUGCACCAUUUUUGCAUAUGGUCAGACUGGCACAGGUAAAACAUACACAAUGUCAGGUGACAUCAGCGACAUCCUUCCUACGCCCGAUGCUGCGGGUAUCAUCCCGCGUGUGUUACACGGUCUCUUUGACAAGCUGGGAGACGAUGACCAAGAAAAAGCCGAAUACAGCGUGAAGUGCUCAUUUAUCGAAUUAUACAACGAGGAGCUGCGCGAUUUACUAGGGGUCGACGAUGGAGCCAAGCUCAAAAUCUUCGACGAAGCCAACAAGAAUGGCAGGACGACAACCUUGGUCCAAGGAAUGGAGGAACGUCACAUCCGAACAGCUGCCAAGGGUAUUCAGCUACUUCGCGACGGAAGUCACAAGCGUCAGGUCGCUGCGACGAAAUGCAACGAUCUAUCAUCCCGCUCACAUACGGUCUUCACCAUCACAGUCUACAUGAAACGGGUUUCUGACAGUGGAGAGGAUUACGUCUCCUCGGGCAAGCUCAAUCUUGUCGACUUGGCAGGAUCGGAGAACAUCGGACGUUCGGGGGCAGAAAACAAACGUGCUGUAGAAGCAGGAUUGAUCAACAAGUCCCUCCUCACACUUGGACGUGUGAUCAACGCGCUCGUCGAUCGUGGCAGUCACAUUCCCUACAGAGAGUCGAAGUUGACGCGCCUUCUGCAAGACUCACUUGGAGGCCGGACAAAGACGUGUAUCAUUGCCACUGUAUCACCUGCGAAGAGUAAUCUUGAGGAGACCAUCAGCACCUUGGAUUACGCGUUUCGUGCCAAAAACAUUCGCAACAAGCCUCAAGUCAACCAGAUGGUGUCAAAGAAAACAUUGCUGAAGGAGUUCACGGCAGAGAUAGAAAAGCUGAAAACGGAACUGAUUGCGACGCGCGCCCGCAAUGGCGUAUACCUCACAGCAGAAGCAUACGAAGAAUUGACCACGGAGUCCGAAUCUCGCCGGAUCUUGAGCCAGGAGCAGCGCGACACUCUGGAAAUCAUGGAAAACGACUUGCGGAACAAAAUCCAGGAGCUAUUUGUUCUCACAACUAAUUUCCAUACAUUGAAGAAAGACAACGAACAGACGCGCGUCAACCUGGAAGGCACCAAGAAUGUUCUGGAAAAAACCGAAAUUGUGCUGCAACAUACCAAGCGCUCUCUUGCAGAGGAGGCGCACAUUCGAAGGGCGCAUCAAGAGACGGAACGGAAACUUCAUCAAGUGGGCGGCGAGCUCAUCAGCAGCCUAGACACAACGACGAAUCAUGUGGACAGACUGCGAUCGAAACUCAAGCGGCGGUCAGAUUUACAGUCGAUCAACCGCACAAGAUGGGCGGAAUCACAGGAACAGGUUGCGGGUGCGACCUUGACCGUCGAAGAGCGAUUGGAUGCACUGAGAGGACGGCAAGAGGGUCUGAUCGCCGCGUUAUCGGGUCGCAUGCAAUCUUUUGUGGCAGACGAACUCGAAGAGCUUCAACUGUCGCAGGACCUCAUCCAAGAAAAAGCCGCUGCAUUCGAGUCUUCCAGGUCUGAAGUAAACUCCCAGACCAGCAAAGCUCGAGACGAUAUGAACGUCGUUCUACAAGAGAUCGGGACGCUCCGUGAGGAUGUAAAGCAGAAGGUCGGUGCGGGAUUGAACGAUCUUUCGGCCGCAGCUCAGCGUAUCAGUGCUGGUAUUGCAACAGAGCUGGACGAUUUCCAUGGAAAGCUUCAAGAAUCUUAUGUUUCACUCGGACGAGACUUCAAGACGCUCUUUGAGGACUUGAUCAAACGCAUGCAUGAUCAACAAGCCGAAGUGCAAAAGCUGCGCAAGGAGAUUGCGGAUGCGAACAGCAGCUUCAUCGACGCUGGGCAACUUUCUCAUGACCACUUGAAACAGGCGAUCGACAGGGAGCGAGAGACUGCUGCGAAGGAGAGAGAAACCCUGCUCUCCCAGAUCACCUCACUAGUCAACAACUCCGCCACCGCUCAAGAGUCACGUCUUUCCGGCUAUUUCGAAAGCGCUAGCAAACGGAUCAAAACUUCGGAAGACGAAUAUCGAGUCGCGCAGCAUUCCUACGACAGCGGCAUGGAUCACUGGAACGAGAAUGCGCAAUCACUCAUCGACGACACUGCUCAAGCAAGAGAAGCGAUCAAGAGCAAGCUCAAAGCUGAUUGGACAAAUGCCAAUGAACAGACCAUCAAAAUCACUGAAACGACCACUGCUGUUCACGGCGAAACCAUUCGCAUUGUUGACGGACAGAUGGUCCAGAUGGAUAGUCAGCUGGUGGCCCUGGACGAGAUCGUCUCGCGUGUCCGUGAGCAGAACGAGGAACAUCAUCAGUCGCACAUGUCGAGCCUCGGUCAGCUCGCAAAUGAUGUGCAAGAAAGCUACCGAAGUAUCGGCGAGCAUUUCGAAACGUCAUACAGCAGGACCAAGGCUCUCGAGGCAGAUGUGGACGAUCACGCCGAUGCCCUGAUCCAGACCUUGCCCAGUCUCAAUGCUGACAGCGAGAUCCGCGAACCUCUCCGGGCACUGCGACAGGAAGUGGCGGCCUCUCAGAUUGAGGAAUAUUCUGUCACGGGAGAAACACCAGCCAAGACACAAUACAACUACCCGACGGUCCUGCCCAGGACAGAGAGCCACGAUGUACUGUUGGAUCGCAUGCGCGGCAUAGAAAGGCCUGCCGCGGGGAAUAAGACUUCAACGUCCCCGAUCAAGUCGCCCCACAAGCGUCCUGCUCUGGCUCGGCCCAAAAGCAACACAAGCCCGAGCAAACGCCCUGGCAGCCCUUUGAAGUCCACCACAGUCUUCCACGAUGCUCCUCCGCCGCUCCGCCCGGUAUUCACUGCACCCGCCGCUACCAACCUCCCACCUUCACGGCCCGCCACGGCCAGCACCCAAAGCAGCAUCAGCAGCACCAACAGUCUGCGGGAGCGCGAUGUUAAUGUCAUCGGCAACCUCUCCUCCACGACCAUCGAUCUCGACACGUCUACCGAGGAAGCCGACUGCAAACCUUCAGCACUGCCGCCUCCACCUUCACUCCUCAGAAGACUGAAUACCCACCCUCUGAGCGCGUCGACAGCAUCUUACCUCACCCCGCCUCCCUUCAACGCCGGAUCCGACCCCAUCAAAGCUCCCGCUUCCAAACGAAGCACGCGCAUGGCUGCGGCGAUGGGCCUGGGAGUCGAAGGCAAGGGCAAGGAGGGACGAGAGAAGGAGAAUGUGAAUUUGAGCGCGAGUGUGGGCCCCACGGGGAUCGGCAGGAGGCUACGAAGCCGGGGAAGCGAUUAGAGUUGAAAAGGAAGAUGUGUGGUCUAUCAUUGUUUUGCCGCGGCUGUCGCUCGCUAUCGUUUCCUGGAUUUCGAAUCGGAUACCCCAUUCUGUGCUGCUGCUGCUAGCAUUUUUUUGUUUCCGUGGGAGGAAUGUAUCACUGGCCUCGUGCGGAAAAUUAUUGAUAUGCGGUCUGCCUUGUGGGCCUGUAUGAAAUGACAUGACGGAAUCCAUUUGCUGCAUGUUCCUGCGAUCAUGUGAUAGUACUCCAUUUGCCUAGCAAUGCGAGAAUCAGAUCAUCUGCUACAUGUUCCUGCGACAUGUGAUAAUG